AUGUCCGCGCGUCGAUUCUUUCCAUUCACUAGCUCCAGAGGCACGGCUUCUGCCCAUCUUCAGCCUCAGUCGGAUAUGAUACUUCCCACUGAUAAGGACUUCAGCAUCGAGAGUAUACUACAAGCCAUCGAACCUGAUAUUCGUGGCACUCUGGACUCUAUCGCCGAGAUUUGUGGCCGAAGCAAGCUUAGUCUUGCUAAUGAAUAUGGAAGUCACAUCGCGCCUUUAGGUGAGAUCUGUGCUCCACCGGGGGGUCUAGGACCUGUUGAGGAAGCCAGCCCUAGUGAGGAACAGCGGUCCACCGACAACGUGGUUAUCCAGGAUGAAGAUGUCAAUGUAGUAGGUGCAGGGCGAGAUAUACAUCCAUUUUCGUUUCAUAGGUACUUGGAAAAUAUACGGCAUACUGCAUCCAUUCUUGAACAAAAUGGUGGAUCCCAUCGAGCCGGCACUGCACGGCCAGAUUAUCUGCUAUCUCCUGGACUGAACGCCCAAACAGAAAACAGCAUGGACAUGGGUCUGGAUACCUUACCAUUCACACGUGAAAUUGCAUCACGACCCAAGAAUGGUGGCCGUGAUUUACUCGCCAAAGAUGCCGUUGCUACCAACAUGACAGAUCAAGUACCCAACAUCGCCACUCCAGCUCUGGUGUCUGAGGUCCAUCUGGAUGCGAGAGCUGAUGGCUCUUCUUCGAACGAGCCUCGCCUUCUCCCUCGAGAUUCCCUCGACAUAUCAACAAGGGGAGCAGCGGCACCUGAACUCAUUCAGUCCCUUCUUGGUUGGUUAAGAUGGACUGCAGGUAUUGCGGGGCCAGAUUCUCGUCCUGCACUACAGUCUGCUGAGGGCCGGUUGCGUGCCAUGCUUGAUCGUGCUGGGAAUCAAGAUGCUGUUCCAGCUAUGCUUUGA